GCCCUGUGGCGCAGCACUGGUCACGUCACACACGCACGCUCUAUAUACUAUAUAGGGAGGGGUUUGGCCUCUGGUGGGAGCGCCGGCCGGCACCAAAACCACGCGCUACUACACCAGCCUAGCUAGCCCUUUCGCCGUCGCUGCGGCUCCUGCCCACUGACUCGUAGGUUUCGUUGUUUCGACAAUGUGCGGCGGAGCCAUCAUCGCCGACUUCGUCCCCGCCGGCGCCCGGCGCCCGGCAACAGACGACACCAUGUCCGCCUCCAUCCUCUCCGGUAGCGAGGACCAUCCGGAGCUGCCGCUGCCGCUGCCGGCGCCGGCGCCGGGGCGCAAGACGGCGUACCGCGGGAUCCGGCGCCGCCCGUGGGGCCGGUGGGCGGCGGAGAUCCGCGACCCGCGGAAGGGCGCCCGCGUGUGGCUCGGCACCUACGCCACCCCGGAGGACGCGGCGCGCGCCUACGACGUGGCGGCGCGCGAGAUCCGCGGGCCCAAGGCCAAGCUCAACUUCCCGCCCGCCGUCGGCGGCGGCGCGCGCGCGCCGGCGCCGGCGGCGGCCAAGAGGCGCCGCAAGUCCGCGGCGACCGAGGAGAGCUCGGCCUCGUCUCCUCCUCCUCCGGCGGCGGCGGCGGCCGUCGUCGUGGCGGGCGGCGGGGAGGAGGCGCUGCGCGACUGCAUGUCUGGGCUCGAGGCGUUCCUGGGGCUGCAAAACGCCGACGAGGGUGGCGGCGUCGAGGCGUGGGACGCCGUGGACCUCAUGUUGGCGUAGGCCGUACGCCUUAGCAGGGGGGCCCAGCGCCAGCGCCAGCCCCAGCCCCAGCGCGCGCGUGCCGCGUGCCGUCGCUGUGAACGGCCGCCGCAGCUGUUUUGGAUCGAGUAAUAAUAUUAUUAGUAGUAUAAUGUUUCUCCAAGCAGCUAAGAUAAUUGCAAGCCUUGCUGGGUGGUAUUACUAGCACUGCUAUCUAGGAGUAUGUACUAGCAGGAUGGGUUUAUCUAGCUUGUUGCUAAACAGAAAAUUAAUCUAAGAAAACAGAGAUAUGGUCUGUUAAUUGCCGGCUCUAACUAAUGGCCGGCGAUAAUCUGUUAGGCUACCUCAGAUUGACCAUCUCUAUUUCUUAUUAUAAACUCAUUUUCCUCGUCUAUUAUUUUGAACUCCAUUAUAUAAAUGCAGUCUACAUAUUGUACAA